UGUAUUUUUGGCUCAUAAUUUUAUUCUAAAAAGUGAGAGCACUUAAUAACUAAAAGCUAGUUUUCUUUAAGGCCUCUUGCUUGCUUAAUUUCAUUCUAUUUUGGAUUUCGUUAGGUUUAUCCCACAAUACUAACAUAAAGAAGAAGAAGAAGAAGACUGGCGAAUUGAAGGAACAAUGUCAGGUGUGUCUCUAGCUACAGCUACUAGAAGUGAGCCUAAUGAAGUCACCACAAAAGCUACGAAACCCCAAUCAUCGCCCCUCGACAAACAAGAGCAAACUAUGGUAGGGGGCAUAAUGGGAUCAUUGCGAGUGAUCGAACUCCAACUAGUUGCUUUCAUAAUGGUUUUCUCAGCAAGUGGACUUGUCCCACUUCUUGAUUUAAUAUUCCCAGCAUUUGCUUCUGCUUAUAUUCUAAUUCUUGCUCGUUUGGCCUUCCCUUCAACUGGCGGAGUCAGUUCUGGUUCACAAGAGAUUUUUCAAGGAAGCAAAUUCUUUAGGCUGUAUGCGAUUGUGGGAACCAUAGUGGGUCUGUUCUUGCCUCUUGCUUACGUUUUAGGUGGGUUCGCUAGAGGUGAUGAUCAUGCGGUUCGAUCAGCAACUCCUCACUUGUUCUUGCUCUCAUUUCAGAUACUUACUGAGAACAUCAUUAGUGGGUUGUCACUUUUCUCGCCGCCGGUGAGAGCAUUGGUCCCAUUGCUUUAUACAGGUAGGAGAAUGUUGGUGAUUCUUGAUUGGAUACAGGAUGUGUGGCUUAACAAAACUCUACCAGCUAAUGCACAAUUCAAGGAUGUAGGAUGGUUUUGGUUUGGGAGGAUCUUAGCAGCUAUGAACUUGUUAUACUUCUCUGUCAAUCUUUUUGGGUUUCUGAUUCCUCGCUUCCUUCCACGGGCCUUUGAGAAAUAUUUCCAGCAGAGGGAUGAAACUCACUGGAAGAUGGCGGAAGACAAGCGUUCAGCUGCUGCAAACAAAUCUCAAUCAACAGAUAAGAAAGCUGAUUAGAAUUCCUUGGUUUGGAAGAGAAACAUGUUUGUUUCAUUAGCAUCUCAACUACUUCAUCCUCUUCGUAAUUUCUUAUGCAUUGCAGAUCUUGUGUGUUAUGUUCAAACAGUGGCAGUGUAUCUAUGUAAAAAUAAAUGACGACUCUUUUGCUUGAUAUGAUCCUUUUC